CCUCACACCCUCCUCCCUCUACUCGAACAUUAUGAUACUCCCUCGACUUGCCGCCAGCUCCCUUCGAGGAGCUUCUCCUCUGACGAGGGCUGCUACAGCGGCGGCAUCGUCGUCCUCGCGCACAUUUGCGACUUCGGCAGCUCGCCUGGCGAACUCGCUUCUCUUCCUCGAGCACAAGAACGGCACCAUCAACCCUGCCUCGCUUGUCGCUCUCACCGCCGCCUCCAAGGUCGGUGGCGAUGUCGAUGGCAUUGUGCUGGGCGGCGAUGAUGUUGACGGCGUCGUUGACAAGGCUACCAAGAUCUCUGGACUGAAGAAGGUUCACUUCAGCAAGGCCAAGAACUACGCCGACAACCUUGCCGAGCCCGCCGCACCACUGCUCAAGUCAAUCGUCGAGAGCAACAACUACACUCACGUCUUUGCCGGCCACACGGCUGUAGGACGCGACAUCUUCCCGCGCUUUUCCGCCCUCAUCGACUCGAGCCAGGUGAGCGACAUCAUCGCGGUGGACUCCGAGGACACGUUCCAGCGACCCAUCUAUGCGGGCAACGCCAUCUUGACCGUCAAGUCCAACGACAAGGUCAAGGUCGUGACUGUCCGUGGAACGGCCUUCGACAAGGCCAGCGAGGAGGGCGGAUCGGCGGAAAAGGCCGAGGUGAAGCCCGCUGACGCACCCCUCGAAACGGAAUUUGUCGAGGAGAAGCUCAACGUCUCGUCGAGACCCGAUCUUGCGACGGCUUCGCGCGUCGUCUCGGGCGGAAGGGCGCUCAAGUCUGGCGAGAACUUCGAAAAGUACAUUGAGCCGCUGGCAGAUGCGCUCAACGCUGCUGUGGGCGCUUCUCGCGCUGCCGUGGAUGCAGGCUACGCCGACAAUGCCCUCCAAGUGGGACAGACGGGCAAGAUUGUGGCUCCAGAGCUAUACCUGGCCAUUGGUAUCAGCGGCGCCAUCCAGCACUUGGCUGGCAUGAAGGACAGCAAGACGAUUGCGGCCAUCAACAAGGACCCCGACGCGCCCAUCUUCCAGAUCGCCGAUCUUGGUCUUGUGGCGGAUCUCUACGAUGCCGUGCCAGAGAUGACUCAGAAGCUCAAGUAGAAGUAAGACUUCAUGCUUGUGUACCAAUUGGCACAAAACUAAAGAAUAGUAUCGUCAUUCGAGAAGUUCCUGUUUGCUCUGCGUGAGAAGAGAGGCC